AUGGCAUCUAACGUCUUUGGAAGUCACACAAGCGGCGGGAGCCUCAAAAAUAAUUAUAGCGACAAAAGCUCCGCUAGAGAUUUUUCACUAGACAAUCAGAAGCAUAAAAAUGAUUAUUUAGUACCAAGAUCAUGUGAUGAACCUCCUAUACCUUCACCACCUAUAUUGUCAAAGUCUGGAUUAUCUACCUAUCACCCAGCAACAAGUUCAGAUUACAAUGAUCACAAUUACUUAACUUCUAGUUUGAGAAAAGCCAGUAUUGAUUCAAAUGAUUCACUUGAAAAUUCAAGUCCUGCUGAUUCAUUUGAAGAGUGUGGAAAAUCUUCGGCUGUUAAUAACUGGAUUAAUAACUUCAAUUCGAGAUUGAGUAAUGUGGAGGAUUAUGAAAAUAUUAAACUUAUUUCCUCUGACGAAGAUUUGGCAAUGUUAUUCCAUUUCUAUUAUAAAACUAGGUAUGAGCUUCAAGAUAUUUAUAGCUCAUUUGAGAAGAAAUAUCAAAAUAAAUUAUUUCCUUAUUUGCAUGGUUUAAAUAGUAUUAAUCAGAGAGAAUUUUUCACCGAUUCAUGUAUCACUAAUGAUGAUAUUAUCAAAAAUAUCUUAUCUGAUAAAUCAAUUUUCAAUAUAAUGUUUAUUAAUAGCUCCGAAAGUCCCAAUAUCACACCCAAUUUAAUAAAUACGAUACCAUUGACGGACAUACUAAGUACAAAUAGAGUACAAAGAAAGAUGAGCAAGCACUUGCAAAGUGAUUGUGAGGUAAAGGAAAUCGAAGAUAUUGAGGAACAUAUUGAUGAAGAAGAAUAUGAUGAAAGGUUCGAAAAGUUUAAUCAUAUUUGGCAACUAGAUGUUAUCAAUUGUUAUAACAAUUUAAAUAACCGAAAUUAUAAAGAUCAAAUCAGACUAAUGGCGCCCUUAUCUAACUUUGUCAUAUACAAUUAUGAUAAAAAUGAUCAAGAAUCGACAAAUGUUGCUAAAUUGAUAAAUACCUUGAGAAAUAAACAUCGUGAUCAGAUUAUUUAUGUUGUCAGCAAUGAAGUAGAUUGGAAUUUAAUUGAAAUGGAAUAUUUCGAUAAGACCAAUAAUUUCGAAUCAUAUAUAUUUGAAAACCAACUUAUACCUUCUUCAUCUUUUGAUCUUACAUCUACUAACAAGGUGAAUUAUUCUACUAAAUUACUAAAAUACGAACAACAAAUGAUAUGGAGAUUAAAUUCAAUGAAGAGAAUAUUGGGUGGGAAAAUAUGUCUAGGGAAUAUUGCUGAUUUUGGAAAUUUAACAAUAAGCAAAGGGUGUGACUUUAAGCUAAUAAUAAACUGUCAUGAAAAAGCGACGUUUCCAACUGCAAAAGUUUUGAAUUCUAUAUAUGAAGAUUUCAAUAAUCCUGUACGAAAAGACAAUAUCUAUUAUUUGGAAUUUCCUUCAUCGGGCUGUACUAAAUUCAAAGAUUUAUCAUAUAGAGAUGUAAUAUCGUACUUGAAUGUAUUGAAAUUGGUAGAUCUUUGCUUAAGAAAGGCUGAUGAUAUAAGUAAUGUAUUUAUUUUUUCAUAUGAUGGUUUCACAGGAUUAUCUUUGCUCACAAUAAGUAUUUUACACUUUCAUAAAUUUCAUUCAACUGAAGAAUCUAUAUUGUUUUUAUUGAAUAAUCAAGAACGAGACAUAAAGUUGCAUUACUUCAGAGAUGAUAUCUUUUUCUUGAAAGGAUUUGAAAAAUUCAUUGAUUUCUGUAAACGUAUAGAUGAUUGCAAUUUCCCGUUAGUAUCGUUAGAUUAUAAUAAAAUUCCCAAUAACAGUAAGCAAAAGUUACUUAACUCAUUCAAAUAUGAUUGGUUUAAUAUUACAAAAGACAACAACUUUCCUUCAAAAAUAUAUAGUAAUCUAUAUUUAGGUUCUGUGAACCAUGCCAAUUCAAUUACGGUUUUGGAUUGCAAGAAGAUUGAAAAAUUAAUAUCCAUAGGUGAAUGUCCAAGAUGGUUCAAAUUAUUGAGAAAUCAUGUUAUAUUUGAUUUUGAAGUACCCACAAGAAGAAUAUACCAAAACAGUGGAAGAAUUUUAAAACCAAUUUACCAAUUCAAUGAAAAUGGAAAAGAUGGUCCUACAGCUGUAUACGAAGUAGAUUUUAAUUUAUUAAAUUCAGAUAUUCGUAAGAGUCCUAAGUUACCCAAGUAUCUUAAAUCAAUGAUAUUUAUUCACAAUCUAAAGGAUGAUGGAAAAGAUUCUAUCUUACCAUUGUUGAUUAAUUGUCCACCAGAAAUCCAAGAAAAGAUUCUUUUAAAACAGAUAAUUGAAUCUCCUACAUUAGUCCAUUGUCGAAUUGGAGUUUCCAGAUCUGCUUCGUUAGUGAUUGCAUCAUUGAUGAAAAACUUUAAGUUCAAUUUAUUAUUAAGUUACCUCUAUGUUAGGGUGCAAAGGUUUAAUAUUAUAAUUCAACCUAAUUUAAAGAUCUUUUAUGAGUUAUAUCUCUAUGAACAAUAUUUAGGACUCAGAUUAAUGAAAAAUGUUCAAAAAUUCUAUCCAAUAGCUUUAGCAGAUAAAAGUUGGGAUAAUACAGGUUUAUUGGUAGAUGCAUCAUCUGAUGAAAUCAAAGAUGAAAGGAUUAAGUUAUUGUUGACUAUAGAUUUAACUCAAGCUGUAGCUGAUGAAGCAGUUAAUAAGAAAGCAAAUUUAAUUAUGGCCUAUCAUCCAUUUAUAUUUAGAGGUUUGAAAUCAAUAACAUCUAAAGAUCCUCAACAAAGAUCAUUAAUUAAAUUAAUUCAAAAUAAUAUUAGUGUGUAUACACCACAUACAGCAGUUGAUAGUGCUAAAGAUGGAGUUAAUGACUUUUUAGCUGAUGGGAUUAUCAGUGGAUAUGAAGAAAUAUCAAGAGAAGCAAUUGAAAAAGAUCCAGUAGCUGAAGAGUGUGGUAUGGGUAGAUUAAUUACUCUUAAUAAACCUGUAUCUUUAACUAAAUUAGUUGAAAAUAUUAAAAUUUCCUUAGGAUUGAAAAAUGUUCAAGUUGCCCAAGCUGCUGGUAUAGAUGAUCAUUUAAUAUCUACAAUAGCUGUAUGUGCUGGAUCAGGAAGUGGAGUAUUUAAAGGGGUUAAAGCUGACUUGUAUUAUACAGGAGAAAUAUCUCAUCAUGAAGCAUUAUUUUUCACUGAAAGUGGAAGUUCUGUAGUAGCAUGUAAUCAUUCUAAUACAGAAAGAGCCUUUUUAAAAGUUAUGAAACAACAAUUAUUAACUCAAAUUCCUGAUGCUGAAAUUUACAUAAGUGAAACAGAUAAGGAUCCAUUCCAAAUUUGGUAA